GGUGAGUCACGCCAAACUGGGCGGAGAGUCUGCUGGCCUCUCCUUCGCUGGGUGGGCGGUGGCGGCAACUGGGGACGGGGCGGGUGGCGCAUCACGGGCGCGGAGCCGGAGGAGCAGCCUCAUUGUUCCGGGAGCCGCCGCCGCUGCAGGUCACUCGGCUCGCUGGGCCCUGCCGCUCAGUCCUCCCAGCCCCCACAGCGGCCCCGAGGAGAAGCGUGCCCCGCAGAGGGGGCCGCUGCAGCAUCGCCUGCGACCCGGCAGCCAUGGAAGACACGGACCCAUCGCCUCUGGUCUCCUCGUCCUCCGACAGCCCGCCGCGGCCCCAGCCGCCGUUCAAGUACCAGUUCGUGAGGGAGCCCGACGACGAGGAGGAGGAGGAGGAGGAGGAGGAAGACGACGAGGACGAGGACCUGGAGGAGCUGGAGGUGCUGGAGAGGAAGCCAGCCGCCGGGCUGUCAGCGGCCCCAGCGCCCACAGCCCCAGCCGCCCGCGCGCCCCUGCUGGACUUCGGCAGUGACUUCGUGCCCCCAGCGCCCCGGGGGCCCCUGCCGGCCGCGCCCCUGGUCGCCUCGGAGCGGCAGCCGUCGUGGGACCCGAGCCCGGCGUCGUCCACGGGGCCCGCGCCACCCUUCCCAUCCGCGGCCGCAGUCUCGACCUCCAAGCAACCCGAGGACGCUGAGCCCCCGGCCCGGCCUCCGCCUCCGCCCCCGGUCAGCGUGAGCCCGCAGCCCGAGCCCGUGUGGACCCCGCCCGCCCCGGCUCCCGCCGCGCCCCCCUCCACGCCGGCCGCGCCCAAGCGCAGGGGCUCCUCCGGCUCCGUGGAUGAGACACUUUUUGCUCUUCCUGCUGCAUCUGAGCCUGUGAUACACUCCUCUGCAGAAAAAAUUAUGGACUUGAAGGAGCAGCCAGGUAACAAUGUUUCUGCUGGUCAAGAGGAUUUCCCAUCUGUCCUGCUUGAAACUGCUGCUUCUCUUCCUUCUCUGUCUCCCCUCUCAGCUGCUUCUUUUAAAGAGCAUGAAUACCUUGGUAAUUUACCAGCAGUAUUACCCACCAGAGGAACACUUCAAGAAACUUCAAAUGAAGCUUCUAAAGAGUUCUCAGAGAAGGCAAAAAAUCCAUUUGUAGACAGAGAUUUAACAAAGUUUUCAGAAUUGGAAUAUUCAGAAAUGGGGUCAUCAUUCAGUGGCACUCCAAAAGCAGAAUCUGCCGUAAUAGUAGCAAGUCCUAGCAAAGAAAUAAUUGUGAAGAAAAAGGAUGAAGAAGCGGAUUUAAUUAGUAAUAACAUCCUUUGUUAUAAACAAGAGUUACCUGUAGCCCUUACUAAAUUGAUAAUAGAGGACAAAGUUAUGUCUCUAGAAAAAACACAGGACAGUUUUAAUGAAAAAGGAAUUGCAGGAGGAGCUCCUAUGAGGGAGGAAUAUGCAGAUUUCAAACCAUUUGAGCAAGUAUGGGAAGUAAAAGAUAAUCAAAAUAGUGAUGUGGUGGCUGUAGGAGGCAAUAUAAGGAGCAAGUUGGAAAGUAAAGUGGAUCAGAAAUAUUUUGCAGAUAGCCUUGAGCAAACCCGUCUUGAAAAAGAUAGUGAAAGCAGUAAUGAUGAUACUUCUUUUCCCAGUACACCGGAAGCUAUCAAAGAUGGCUCAGGAGCAUAUAUCACAUAUGCUCCCUUUAAUACAACAGUGACUGAAAACAUUUCAACAAACAUUUUUCCUUUGCUGGUAGAUCAUACUUCAGAAAAUAAGACAGAUGAGAAAAAAAUAGAAGAAAAAAAGGCCCAAAUUGUAACAGAGAAGAAUAUUAGUACUGAAACAUCAAAUCCUUUCCUUGUAGCAACAAAGGAUUCUGAGACAGAUUAUGUCACAACAGAUAAUUUAUCAAAGGUUACUGAGGAACUAGUGGCAAGCAUGCCUGAAGGCCUAACCCCAGAUUUAGUACAGGAAGCAUGUGAAAGUGAAUUGAAUGAAGCUGCAGGUACAAAGAUUGCUUUUGAAACAAAAAUGGACUUGGUUCAAACAUCAGAAGCUAUGCAGGAGUCGCCCUACUCUGUAGCACAGCUUUGCCCAUCCUUUGAAGAAUCGGAAGCUACUCCUCCACCAGUUUUGCCUGACAUUGUUAUGGAAGCACCGUUAAAUUCCACAGUUCCUAGUUCUGGUGCUUCUGCAGUGCAACCCAGUUCACCACCAUUAGAAGCUCCUCCUUUGGUGAAUUACGAAAGCAUAAAACUUGAGCCUGAGAAUCCUCCACCGUAUGAAGAGGCCAUGAAUGUGUCAUUAAAAAAGGUAUCAGGAAUAAAGGAAGAAAUUAAAGAGCCUGAACGUAUUAAUGUAGCUGUUCAAGAAACAGAAGCUCCUUAUAUAUCUAUUGCGUGUGAUUUAAUUAAAGAAACAAAGCUCUCUACUGAACCAACUCCAGAAUUCUCUAAUUAUUCAGAAAUAGCAAAAGUUGCACAGCCAGUGCCUGAUCAUUCUGAGCUAGUUGAGGAUUCCUCACCAGAUUCUGAACCAGUUGACUUAUUUAGUGAUGAUUCAAUACCUGAAGUUCCACAAAACCAAGAUGAAGCUGUGAUACUUGUGAAAGAAAAUUUCAUUGAAACUUCAUCUGAGUUAAUGAUAGCACAUGAAAAUAAGGAAAAACUCAGUGCUUCACCACCAUCUGGGGGAAAGCCAUAUUUGGAAUCUGUUCAGCUCAGAUUAGACACCACAAAAGAUACAUUAGAUGACAUUUCAACAUUGACCAAAAAGGAGAAAAUUCCUUUGCAGAUGGAGGAGCUCAAUACCACAGUUUAUUCAAAUGAUGGCUUGUUUAUUGCAAAGGAAGCAAAAAUGAGAGAGAGUGAAACAUUUUCAGAUUCAUCUCCAAUUGAAAUUAUAGAUGAGUUCCCUACACUUGUCAGUUCUAAAACAGAUUUUUCUCCUAAGUUAGCCAGGGAAUACAGCGAUCUAGAAGUAUCCCACAAAAAUGAAAUUGCUGAUGUCCAGGGUGGAGCUGGGUCAUUGCCUUGCAAAGAAUCUCUCCACGACCUUUCUUUUAAAAAUGUACAACCUAAAGAAGAAGAUAAAGUCCAUGUCUCAGAUGACUUCUCCAAAGAUAGGUCAGUUGUUUCACAGGUACCCUCACUGCCUCCAGAUGUUUCUGCUUUGGCCACUGAAACAGAGAUAGGCAGUACAGUUAAACCCAAAGUUCCUGUGAAAGAAGAUGAGAAAAAACUUCCUUCUGAUAUACAAAAAGAGAACAGAUCACCGUCUGCUAUAUUUUCAGCUGAGCUGAGUAAAAAUUCAGUUGUUGACCUCCUCUACUGGAGAGACAUUAAGAAGACUGGAGUGGUGUUUGGUGCCAGCUUAUUCCUGCUGCUUUCAUUGACAGUAUUCAGCAUUGUGAGUGUAACGGCCUACAUUGUCUUGGCCCUACUCUCUGUGACUAUCAGCUUUAGGAUAUAUAAGGGUGUGAUCCAAGCUAUCCAGAAGUCAGAUGAAGGCCACCCAUUCAGAGCAUAUUUGGAAUCUGAAGUUGCUAUAUCUGAGGAGUUGGUUCAGAAAUACAGUAAUUCUGUUCUUGGUCAUGUAAACUGCACAAUAAAAGAACUCAGACGCCUCUUCUUAGUUGAUGAUUUAGUUGAUUCUCUAAAGUUUGCAGUGUUGAUGUGGGUAUUUACCUACGUUGGUGCCUUGUUCAAUGGACUGACACUACUGAUUCUGGCUCUGAUUUCACUCUUCAGCAUUCCUGUUAUUUAUGAACGACAUCAGGCACAGAUAGACCAUUAUCUAGGACUUGCAAACAAGAAUGUUAAAGAUGCUAUGGCUAAACUCCAAGCAAAAAUCCCUGGAUUAAAGCGCAAAGCUGAAUGAAAAAGCCCGAAAUAAUUAUCUUUAAAGGGGAUAUUCAUUUGAGUACAUGGGGGAGGGUCAGGGAAAAAUGAAACCGUGACAUUGCAGGGCAGUUUCACAGAUCUUUAUUUUUAGCAAUGCAGUGUCUGAGGAAAAAUUACCUGUCUUGACUGCCAUGUGUUGUUCAUCAUCUUAAGUAUCGUAAGCUGCUAUGUAUGGACUUAAUCAUAUUUGUCUUUCCUACGUGAGGCACUGGUGAAUAAAAAAGAUCUGAGAAAGCCGUGUAUUGACUUUGGUGCAGGUAGUCUUGCUGUAUUUUGGGACUUGCAAAGUGGAACUGAAAAUCCUUUUCACAGUUGGUGUACUGUGUAUGGUCUGUGUAGAUUGAUGCAGAUUCUCUGAAAUGAAAUGUUUAGACGAGGUCAUACCACUAAAGUGGGAGCAAAAAGCUUGCUUUUCUGGUAUGUUCUAAGGUAUAUUGUGAAUUUUACUGUUAUAUUAAUUGCCAAUAUAAUAUAGAUUAUAUGUAUAGUGUUUCACAAAGCUUAGACCUUUACCUUCCAGCUGCCCCACAGUGCUUGAUAUUUCAGUCGUUGGUAUACAUGUAUAGUUCCGAAGCACAUAAGCUAGAAAAAAAGUAUUUCUAGGAGCACUACCAUCUGUUUUCAACAUGAAACAAUGUCAUGCACAUAGAACUCGUUGUUCAACUUCAUUGCACAGACUUACUGUAGUUAAUUUUGUCACAAACUCAAUCUAUGGACUGAAUCUAAUGCUUCCAAAAACGUGUGCAAAUAUCAAACAUUGUUAUGUAAGAAAUUGAUUUAUACAAUUGUGGUUUAAGCUGUACUGAACUAAAUAUGUGGAAUGCAUUGUGAACUGUAAAAGCAAAGUAUCAAUAAAGCUUAUAGACUUAAAA